CCUCGGGGAACUUGUUCCUCUACAAAUCCGAUUCCAGUCAGGAGCUGAGCUCUGUCCCGACCACCCCAAAGGAAUCCGCCCACAGGAUCAACAGGAGGUGGAGGGUGGAAAAACAUAUAAAGCUUCCUGGGAGCAGCUCUGCUUUACUGCCCUGGCUGCACAGAUCUGCUCUCAGCAUGAAGACACUUCUGUUUGGGCUGCUGCUUGGCCUGGCAUACGUGGACUUGGCCCAAUCCUUACGAUGUUACACGUGCACAGACCAAAGGGACAUUGCCCAGUGCAGAACAAUCACCGAGUGUCCACCAGAAGCCACCGUGUGCACAACAACACUGCACUCUGUAGACUCAGGUUAUCCCUUUUUCGGCAACAUCACCGUGACCAGAAGCUGUGACGUGGAAUGCAUCCUCUUUCAUAAUGCGAUAGGGGCAAAGAGACACAAGUCAUGCUGCUACACCGACCUCUGCACCGACGACAACAGGACCAAUGAAAGAGAGCCGGAGGAGGUCAGCGGGGCUUCAAGCAUCAGUAGGGUGGGAAGCAGGUCUGCAGCGCUGUGUCUGAUGGCCAUGGUUGUUGGCACACUCCACCAGUGCGCUCUGUAACACUACAAGUACCUAUGCUCCAGCCAAAACAUCCCCACUCCUCUCUCUGCCAAGCUGCCUUGUGAAUACCUUUGGAAUAACCUUCUUCACUGACAUGUAGCUUCACUCAUCUUCAAUGCUGUGAAUUUGACAGAAUUCAAGCCAGGAGUUUGGGCGCCUGGACCUAAAACCUUCAAAUUUCCACUUUCCAGCUGCUAAGCAGGUGUUCCUCACCUUCAGCUGCUUCUGGUCCUCAGGACCCACAUCUCCCCCCGCAUCUUUCAUCUGUGGGGAGCAGCAGUGGAUGAAGCACUACAGCUCUGCGCAGUGGGAGGGCCUGGGCUGGGCCAUCAAGGCUGUUGCUCUGGGCUCACCCCCAGCAAGAUCAGGAGCUGUACACACACUGGAUUUGGACAGCGAUUUUUUCCCCGAUCUUCUCAACCUCCCACACAACCUGCAUCUGUGGAUCUUCAUUAUAUUCCUAUGUACAACCCCCCAAAAAUGUCCUGCAACCCUCCAUCAGGAGUUUGGUUUAUUUUCUUUCCACUUUCGGUGCUAUCUCCUGAGUCAGAGCAGCAGAUAGAUGUUGCUCCGCUCUCACUACCUUGCUCAGAAGAGUAUGGUUUGCAAUUUUAGAAAGCUGGAACUUAGUUAUGUCUAGAAUAAGCUAUAGAAUGAGUUCAGAAGGGCUCAGCCUUCAUGUGUUGUGAUGGGAUCUAUUUCUGGAAAGCUCAAAGUACACCCUGGACCAGGCCAGGGCAGAUUAGACGCACAAAGGAAAAAAUAUAGAAUAGAAUCAUAGAAUUAUUUCAGUUGGAAGAGACCCUCAGGAUCAUCAAGUCUAACCAUAACCUAACCUAACUCUAGCACUAAAGCAUGUCCCUAAGAACCUAAUCUAAAUGCCUUUUAAAGACCUUCAGGGAUGGUGACUCCACCACUGCCCUGGGUAGCCUGUUCCAAUGCCUGACAACCCUUUCCAGGAAGAAGUUUUUUCCUAAUAUCUAUUCUAAAUCUCCCCUGGUACAACUUGAGGCUAUUUCCUCUUGUCCUGUCACUUGCUAUUUUAGAGAAGAGACCAACACCCUCCAUGCUACAACCUCCUUUCAGGUAGCUGUAGACAGGGAUUGGGAAUUUGGCUAGACAAAACCCUCAGCAGCCCUUUUCCUGAGCUCAGGUUAUAAUCAGAGUUCCUGGAUUACCCUUCCCAAAUGUUUUACAGGACAUUUCAAGCAACAUUUAUUGCUCCUCUGCCUUCCCCAAUCACUUCACAGUAUAGACUUCAGGAAAGGAAAAGUAACGAUUAUCCCAGACCUUCAACUCUGGGAAAAACCAACAGCUUCACUCACACCAGUUAACAGCGCUACUGUGUCCCAACUGAGGAUUUGCUGCAUCGUCCCUUGGAGCAGCUGUAAGAUUGAUUUUGAUGUUCCACCUGCUGUAAAACCAGAUAGAGUGAAAAUAGAUAUAAAUGAGCCAGGUGUGUCCAUCUAUCAGCCCUCUCCAGUGGGGGAGAUCCAGGGAACUUUCCAUGUGGUCUGUUCCUAUUGCCAAAGCUCGUCCAGGGGACAAACUGCAAGAGUAAGGGCAGAGUGGGAGCAUGGGUACAUCCCAUGGACCAUCCUUGUGUGCUCAUACCAACCCUGCAAACUUUUUUAUGGCAAAGUCCAUUUUUACUCUGUUUCCAUGAGACACCAGCCAGGAAACUAAAGGAAUAAGCAGGGGGGUUGUUUUUCUUCAUUGCAGAGAGGUAAUUGUUUCUCAAUGUCUGUCUAAGUACCAUUUGCAAGAAAACCUUGACAAGGCAUUGCAUUCCAUGGCGGAGGCCCCUGUGCAAGCCUGGGGCUCAGGAGGCUUUUUUUCUGGAGGUGAAAUCAUAGAAGCAUAGAAACAUUUUGGUUGGAAGAAACCUUCAAGAUCUUUGAGUCCAACCAUUAACCUAACACUGCCACUAAACCACAUCCCUAAGAACUUCUUCCAUGCAUCUUUUGAACAUCUCCUAGAAUGGUGACUCCACCACUUCCCUGGGCAGCCUGUUCCAAUGCCUGACAACUCUUUCCAUUAAGAAAUUUUUCCUGAUAUCCAAUCUAAACCUCCCCUGGCACUGUACUUCAAUAAAACAGCCACAGCUUCCCUGAGGCACCCUUUCAUUGCUGAGGUGGAAAAAAUGUCAUCGAGAGGAUAAUGAUUGGGAGCUACUCAAAUACUAAUAUUGCAUCCACCCUUGCAGACAAAGAGCAUCAGCUUCUGCUUUUUAUUUGUCCAUUCUCUGUUUCCCUGUUCCAAAACCAGCCUGAUGUGUCCAACCAUCAUCACUGCCAUAUCACAGAACCACAAAAUCAGUUUUUCCAUCCUGGAUUCAAGCUCUGGUGUAAGUCACUGUCCCCAGUGAUCUUUCCAUACUGGCUGCAGGGUCCCAACCUGUGCUAACAUAGGUUGGACUUUCCUCCAUCUAUUCCACAUGCAGAUGGGGCAGGGUCAGAAUACAGCGGGACUGGGAGGAUGAGAGUUGCCUGCUGGGUGAGAAUCUAGUAAAUAAAGUUGGAACCUCCAGUUUUCA